AUGGCAGAGUCUUCCGGUUCUACACCCCAGAAAGACCAGCCGCAGGUCAAGUUGCGAUCGGCCUGCGACCGCUGCUCAUCCAACAAAGUCAAGUGUAGUCAGGAAAGACCCGAGUGUCAGCGAUGUCGUUCACUCAAUCUACCCUGCCACUACAGUCGGUCAUUGCGGAUGGGGAAGCCUCCUCGAUCUCGGCAGCGAUCCAGUAGAGCUUGCUGCCAUCAUGACCAUGGCGAGAAUUCGCCGAGUCUCGAACAUUUUAAGCCGGCUGCUGCUGCUGCUACAACGGACACUGCUGCCAUUCCAAAGUCCAUGCUCGGCGAUCCCUUGCCCUCGCAAGACAACGAGGUAAUGGGCACACUAGUACAUAACUGGCCGGGCGAGUUUGACUAUGAGUCGAUUCUAAAUGAUGUCGAUCCCUCUCUCCAGCCACUCUCCCCAGACCUUUCCGACAUACUGGGAGACUCGACGGCAAUAGCUCCAGGUCACAGUCAGCCGCGGUUAUCUGACUGCCCCGGCAACCUGUCCGAUUUGUCCAGGCAACAAGUCCGGUCGAUGUCCAAGAUGCUGCAAUCCACACCCCAUAAUGCCAUAUACGAAAGGCUAAGUCCGAUCAGCCUCGCUGGGUUCGCUUUCCCAGCCACAGGAACGAAUUCAGACAAUCAGCAUGUUAUUGAAACAGCGGUUUCCACAGGUCCGAGUCCGACAUGCUCGUCCGAUCAUCGGUGUGUCCGCCGGGCCAUGGAGACUCUGGACUGUCUGUAUCGAGUCUGCUCCUCAGCCACUUCAUCUGGUUCUGGCCGCAGCAAUCCAAGCGUCGAUGACAUCCUUCAGGUCAACGGCGAGGCCAUGGAGGCCGCCGCGGCCCUCCUGGCAUGUCCGUGCACUAAGGACUUCUGCCUCCUCAUCAUUCUCGCAAUAAUCCCUUGCAAGGUGCUUGCCGGGUACCAGGCCGUUGUCAACAUGCGCGACCCACAUAUUCAGGUCCCAGCAGGCGAGGCAACUCUCUGUCGUCCAAUUGCUGUUGGAGCCUAUACCCUAGAUGAACACGCUAGCCGCAUGGUGAUUAUCCAGGUGGUUCUUGCCAAGUUGCGAGAAUUGAGCAGGUUCGUCCAGACUUAUAUCGACACCUUCUGCUUCGAUGCCAGCAAGAACCGCCAGGGUCACUGUGGUCUGGUAUACCGGACCCUGGGGUUAUUUAUUCAAAGCCGGCUAGGUACCACCACGGACGGACUGCAGGAAAGACUGGCAGCCUUGGUGGGAGACGGGAGAUCUGAAUUCAAAUGA